ACCAGACGAACAUAAAAGCCGCCACCCACGCCCACCUGGAAGCAUCUGGAGGCGUGGCAUCGCAGCCGCAGCCGUCGCCAGCCAGCCAGCAGCGAACUGCUCUGCUCCCCCCGGCGGCGAACGCACAGGAGAGGCGGCGAGCGAGAUCGAGGCGGGGGCGCCGCCGAUGGACCCGCCCGACGUCGAGAUGGAGGCCGCGCCCCAAUCCCCGGCCCAGCCCCCGGCACCGGCGCUGGCAGCGGGUGGGGAGGGGUGGAGCAUGCUGUCCCGCGCCCGCGCGCUGCUCGAGGAGGGCAAGCCGUCCCUCGCGCUGCAGGCGGUUCUCCUGGCCAUAAGAUCACAAGGUGGUGAACAAGCUCUCAUCCAAACUAUGGACCGUGCGUGUGAACUCUACACGCAGAGAUUGCAAGCCACUCCAAGUGUUGAUGAGCUCGCCUCUUUGCUUGCUCAAUGUGCCAUAGCAGAGGCUCAGUCAUCAAAUGCUAAUCCUCCACGAGGACCUGGGUCAGACCCUGUGGAUAUGCUGAAUUCUGAUGAGGCCUGCAUUCUUGCUGUGAGUGGAAGGAAGCAGAUCAUCCUGGAUGCGUUUGCCGAUGGAAGCAGCUUCAUUUGCCUGAAAUGUGGUGGGCUCUAUAGCACAUCUCGUAAGGAUGAGCACUUGGCCUACUGGUGCAGGACUGCAUGAUCCUGCUGACAUCUUGCUGUGGUAAUCUUUGGUCACACCUGGCGGUGAUCAUGAUACCCGUGAGAUUUUGUAAAAACUUGGUUCACUUCCGAUUACCGCUGCUUUACCACAGGGAUGCCAGAGAUGCAUCUUCUGUUUGUCGAAGCCAAUACAUUGCCAGUGCCAAACGUUAUGAACUAUAAGUUUCCAUCUCAAUCCCAUGGUGUCUGUGCAUUCUGCUGAUGGAAAUUGGAAGUUGUUGAGAUGUUUGGCUUGGUCAUUAAAUUCCUGUAGUUGAAUGUGGCGAAACAAUUUUCUUGCGGUUAGCUUGCACACCGCAAAAGUUAAGCUGGGUAGAAAGUAUGGAACUGAUAGUAUUCCCUCUAUUCCUGACUUUUGAAUCGAAAACUGGGAUUACCAGUUGUAUUUAUGAGAAAUCUGCCAUGGAGAUGGAGCAUUGCCAUCCCUACCUGCUACCAUGUAAAGAUUGUUUUCGCUUUAUGUUUUGGCAUCUCUUUA